UGCUCCGGGAUCAGGGCAGCGCAGGCUGCUCAGCUGCCGUGUGCUCUGAGCCCUCGCUGCCCCGAGCUGGCACGGACGGAGCCGGGGCUGUGUUUGCUGUGCCAGGCUGUGACCGGCCCGUGCGGGUCCAGUUCGCCUUUCAGCUCAGCCUUUCUGCAGAACCAGAGCCCGGCAGAGCUCAUUCAGCACCGACCGAUCCGAGCCCCAGCUCUGCACCGUGACCCCCUCGUACACCGAGCAGCUCACCCCAAACCCCGCACGCUGCCAAGCUGUGCACCACGGUAUUCCUGCGCUGGAUUAAGCCCCGAGGUGUGAUGGAUGCACUAAUCCGGCAGCGAGCGCUCUCUGGGGGCACUGGCAGCGGCCGGGCAGGAAGGGGAGGAGGUUCCGCGGGCUGUGCCCGGCCUUUGCUCUGCCCGCUGCCGGAGGGGAGCCCCGGAGCGGCCGCCGGGAGGGCGGAGGAGCGGGGCCCGCUCGCCGCGGGUGCUCCGAGAGGCGGAAGGGAGGCGGCUCCUUCCCGCUGCGGCCGGCCCUGGACACGUCUCAGCUUGGACAAAAAUGAAAGUCAUGCCCUGGAAGGAGCUGCUGUCCACAACUGGAAGGGAAAAACUGCCGGCAGAAAGUCUGGAAGUGGAGGAGGAGCUGGAAAAGCAGCACCUGCACCGUGACUGAGCAGAAACGCUCAGACCUCGCUGCCUCAACUUCCUCACUUUGCUUUAAGCACUUCAAAUAGGAGAAGAAACACCAAAAUUCUGAGGCCUCUGAGCCCCCAUUUCCUGGAGCCUUCGUUGGGUUUUGUGCUUUGUGCACGGUGUCCUGUCCUUGAGCAAGGAUGAUGCUCCAGGAUUGGUGGAACAGAUUCUGAGGGGCACCAGCAGGUCCCGGCCAUGACACCGGGUCCGGUCAGCGCCUUGUACGUGAGACCCUUGAAAUGGCUCUUCCUGUUGCUGCUGGUGUUCUCCGUGGUCAGCAUGUGGUACAUCACCCUCUCCUCCAACGCCGGCCUGGACAACGUGAACCUGCUCUACUUCUACGAGUACGAGCCUGUGUUCCGGCAGCAGCGCCCGUUCACGCUGCGCGAGCGCGCCGCCUGCGCCCACACCCGCCCCUUCCUGGUCAUCCUGGUGGCUUCCAGGCCCAGGGACGUGCAGGCCAGGCAGGCCAUCAGGAUCACCUGGGGCUCCCGGGAUUCCUGGUGGGGCCAGCGCAUCCUGACCCUGUUCCUGCUGGGGCGGGACGCGCACAGGGAGGACACGGCGGCGGCGCUGUCGGUGGAGGAUGAGAGCGUUCUCUACGGGGACAUCAUCCGCCAGGAUUUCAUGGACACCUACGACAACCUCACCCUCAAGACCAUCAUGGCCUUCCAGUGGUUCUCCGAGUUCUGCUCCAACGCCAGGUUCUUCAUGAAGGCCGACGCCGAUGUCUUCAUCAACACUCCCAACCUGGUGAAGUUCCUGCUGCAGCUGAACUCCUCAGAGAACCUUUUCACUGGCUAUCCCCUCAUCAAUAACUUCGCCUACAGGGGCUUGGACAGAAAAAGAUUCAUCUCCUACGAGGAAUAUCCCUUCAAGGUGUUUCCUCCCUACUGCAGCGGGCUGGGAUACAUUCUGGAUGGAAAACUGGCCCUGAGGACCUACGAGCUGAUGGGCCACGUCAGACCGCUGAAAUUUGAGGAUGCUUAUGUGGGGAUUUGCUUAAAUAUACUCAAAGUCAACGUCACCAUUCCAGAGGAUGCAGAACAAUUCCUUAUCGAUAAAAUCGACUUUGAUGUCUGUAAGUACAGACAGCUGAUUGCAGUUCAUGGCCUUACAUCAAGUGAGCUGGUGCAGUUUUGGCAGGAUUUGUCAUCUGACACUUCAAAACCUUGCCUUUGAUUUUGAGAAACCUCAGUUUGGUGUAAGAGUGGCCUCUGGAGAUGACCCUGGGUGCUCUAGGGCAUUCCAGUAAAAACAGGUUUCACAAAGGACUUUUCCAUGUGUGCAUCCCACACCCAGAGGGUAUCCUGGAAUGCUCUGUCCCAUCUGCCCCUGCUGCCUUUCCACGUGCUCGGAAUAACCCUGGGAUUUCCCCCGGGAAUCUUCUGGAAUGUACAAAAUGCCAACGAGGAAAAAUAUUCAUGCCAAGAAAGCAGCUCUGAGGAUGCUUCCCAAAUUCCUGCCUGGAUUGUUUUUAUUGUUUUGUUGCCACUCUCCAUUAUUUGUUCUCUGCCCAGCAUGAAAUUUAACCCAACUCAACCUAACCUAUUUUUCCUGUGGAACCCUCCAGAGAGUGUCACACCUUGGUAUUUAAAUGUGUCACCUCCACAAGGCUUCCACAACAGCCUGGGGAUCCUGUGGGAUCUGCAGGAGCUGGUGAGAAGUGCAGGGAAUGGGGUGCACUUUGUGUGUCCACACUGACUGCAGUGGCCUUGGUGUCUCUGCUGGUGUUCCCAGAGAGAUCACGUGGAGCUCACGAGCAAUUUGGACACCCCAAAAAUAUUGGGCUCAUCAAUUCCCUCACCCCUGUGUGUGUGUGUGAUGCAUCCCAGGAGUUUUGGAACCCUGUGGGGAAGAUGAAGAAUCAUUCCUGUUGUGAUUUACCUCUUGUUGCUAAAUGGGUUUUUUUUGUUGCAAUUUUAAAAUGGGAAAAGGAAGAAAUUCCCCCGUUGAUACUUUAAAGAAAACCAACUCUACCCUGUGUGUAAAGACCGGGUUUUAAUCACUUUAUUCAUACCAGCAAGGCCCAGUUUUCAGUAGUUUACACUUCUAAUGGACAACGAUACAGAGUCUGCAACUGCAUGAACAGAAUUCACCUGGACACAUCCACGACACGGGGGAGAGACUCCGGAGCCGUCCUGGCCGCGCUCCCAGGGCUUCUCCCCGGGCUGGCACAGCCCCACAGCCCCUCUGUCUCUCAGAGACAACGCCCAGGGGCUGCCACCCCUGCAGGGCAGAGCUGGGGCUCUCAGGGGCUCCAGCCGGGCUGCAGGGCAGGGCUGGGGCUCUCAGGGGCUCCAGCCGGGCUGCAGGGCAGGGCUGGGGCUCCAGCCGGGCUGCAGGGCAGGGCUGGGGCUCUCAGUGCCCCCAGCCGGGCUGCAGGGCAGGGCUGGGGCUCUCGGGGGCUCCAGCCGGGCUGCAGGGCAGGGCUGGGGCUCUCGGGGGCUCCAGCCGGGCUGCAGGGCAGGGCUGGGGCUCUCGGGGGCUCCAGCCGGGCUGCAGGGCAGGGCUGGGGCUCUCAGUGCCCCCAGCCGGGCUGCAGGGCAGGGCUGGGGCUCUCAGGGUCCCCAGCCGGGCUGCAGGGCAGGGCUGGGGCUCUCAGUGCCCCCAGCCGGGCUGCAGGGCAGGGCUGGGGCUCUCAGGGGCUCCAGCCGGGCUGCAGGGCAGGGCUGGGGCUCUCAGUGCCCCCAGCCGGGCUGCAGGGCAGGGCUGGGGCUCUCAGUGCCCCCAGCCGGGCUGCAGGGCAGGGCUGGGGCUCUCAGGGUCCCCAGCCGGGCUGCAGGGCAGGGCUGGGGCUCUCAGUGCCCCCAGCCGGGCUGCAGGGCAGGGCUGGGGCUCUCAGGGGCUCCAGCCGGGCUGCAGGGCAGGGCUGGGGCUCUCAGUGCCCCCAGCCGGGCUGCAGGGCAGGGCUGGGGCUCUCAGGGGCUCCAGCCGGGCUGCAGGGCAGGGCUGGGGCUCUCGGGGGCUCCAGCCGGGCUGCAGGGCAGGACUGGGGCUCCAGCCGGGCUGCAGGGCAGGGCUGGCUCUGCGCUGGGGUUGGAGCAUGGGCUUGUGGCUUUUAGGGAUGAAAAGGUCUUGGGGACAACACUCUCCAGACAGGGAUCUCACAUGUCAGUGUUCUGAUGGUGAGGUCAAAGCUUUUAAAAAAUAAAGGCCUUUUUUUUUUAAUUUUUUUUUUUUGGAGGAUACAGUAUUGCAUAACUGAGGGAAUGACGGUCGUGUGUUCCUGGAUCCAGGUGAAAUUCCAGCAGUGCCGUGGUUUAGGAGCUGGGAUUUGAUUGUUCUCUGAGCAGCUCCUGGGAGAACUGCCUUGUUCUGGGAUUGUUUGCACAUCUUAAACCCCAAACUCCUCUGCCUUUCUGCCUGCCUGCCAUGUGAAAUGCUUAGAAAUAAAUUAUUUACCACAAGAACACUGAUACCAUAGCACAGCUUGUAUUGCUUUAUAAAAAAAAAAAAAAGGUAAUGAUGACUCUGCUGCCUUCAGAAAAUGGAUAAAGCAGAGAGUGCCUGUGGGAAGGGAGGGAUGGGAGUCCUGGGGAGGUGAGGAUGGCCACAAAUUCUCCUGUCACCUGCAGGAAUUUGGGGUUUUUGUGCCCCCAAGGCUGACACUGCUCACAGGUUCCAAGGCUUAGGCUGACACACAGUGAUCUCUUUGUGCCACCUGAAAUGAAUUGUCAUUUACAGUGCCAGCAGCACUGGACAAACAUCCAACAUCCAUCCUGCCCCUGCUUUUCCAGAAGAAACCUCAUCUCCAAAUCUGGCUUGUGUUUGAUCCUGACUUUAUUAUUGCUUAAAAGCCUGUAAAAUUCCUCGCUGAGCUCCUGUUUCUGCUCAAACCAUUCUUAGGGAAGUUUUCCAUGUGACCAGCCUGGCAAAAGGUGAAAAACCUUAAAAGUAUGAAAUAAUCUGGGCUUUGAAGUGGGAGGGGCCCAAAUUUUAUUGCAUCUGCCUAGAAUAUUGUACUAAAAACAAAGUGCAAAACACAGGCUAAAGGUUUCCCAAAUUCUGAGGGGCUUUUUUUGUCGUGCAGCUGUAUUAAAUCAGAAUUGCAAAUAUUUGUGAUUUUGAUAGGAAAACAGUGGGGUUUUCUGACCUGAAAAGCCUAAUAAUAAUAAUAAUAAUAAUAAUAAUAAUAAUAAUAAUAAUAAUAAUAAUAUUAAUAAUAAAUUGGGCAAAGAUGUUUGGAAGUUGCUGCUGGGUGGGGAGCAAAAGUGGGUUCUGAGGUGAAAUUCCCAGUCUGGAUGUUAUUUCAAAGGAGUGAAAAUGCUGCAAUGCUUUGUGUGCAUCCUGGAACAAACAAAUUCCCAAUAAAUCACACAGGAGAUGAAGGGGCAGCAUUCCCUGUGGUCAGUGGAAUUGGAUGUUUGGGAUAUUUGCCUAAAUUUUGCCUCACAUUUACGGAUGAUCGGUGUCAGGGCAUGGAAAAUGGAGAGGCUGCCUGCGUCCAUGGAUGCAACUCCACAGGCUUCAAAAAAUGCAGAACUGGCCACUAAAAAUGCUUGGAAAAAAAGUGCUUUAGUUCCCUAUUGCUCAGAUAAUUCCCAGAGUCAUCCCAGACUGGUUUGGGUUGGAAGGAACCUUAAGAACCACCACAUUCCAACUUCCUCAGGACUGAGCAGAGCAGACACAGGAGCUGCUCCAAUCCAUCACAUCUGGGAAUUUUUCCCUCAGGAAUUGCCCUCAAACCUCAGUUUGUGGUUCAGGAAAGGUUUCAGCAGCACCCACUGGGUUUUGCUUUCCAGAGCACCCAGAUUAUCCUCCAGAGCUGGCCACAGCUGAUCCCUGGAAUUUUAAGUUACCUCAGGAAAAUCCGUAUUUAUCCACCUGCUCCCCUAAGCCUUGUGCAGUCAGCACUGUAAGAACAAAAGAAACUUCAGCUCAUUAUUGACUGUGCAGAUCUUUGUGAGUUUUAGCAAGGCCAUUGAUGAAUACAUCGGGCACAAGGGGCAGCAGCUCUGGGCUCUGCAGUGGCUGAAUUCCAGCAGAACAUUCUCACUUGGAAUUUUGUCCAGAGGCCUAAAAUCCUACUUUGGGAGACAAAAGGCUGGUGAGGGUUUUUGUCUGUAGUAUAAUCAUUAAAUGCUUCUCUGUGUAAAACAAGUAUCAGCUACAUUAGCAGUAAAUCCACAUUAUUUAAAGCAGGGCUGUCCCGUAUCCUGAGACACAAAAUUCCCUUUUUUUCCCUUUUAUUUAGGCUGUGGCAUUGCUGUUUCUGCAGCCAACACUGCUCAAGCUGCUGCAGCGCUUUAAUUCUGACUUCUGGACUCUAAAAUCCUCACAAUAAUUUUGAUUUCGCCUCUGGAGAUGGAUGAGCCCUGCGAGAACAGCAGCAGUGGCAGCUGGAAUCCUGGUGCCGGGGGAUUUGUGGGGAUGUCGGGGCAGGCUCGGGCCGGGAGAAGGAGCCGCGGUGCCACCAGGGGCUGUCCCCAGGAAUUCCUGGAUGAGCCUGGGUGAGCUCCCGGUUGAAGAAUCGGGAAACAUCCCGGGUGAGUGAGCCGGGAGCUGGGAUACCCCCGGGAUCAGCCGGAAUUCCCGAGCCAGCUCCCUCCUGUCACCUCGGGCCAUCGGGAGGGGGACGCUCUUGGGCAGAGCGGUGCCCCGAGGCUCGGGAUGUCCCCAAGGGGACCCAGCCACCAAACUCCCGGGAGGAGCAGGCAGGAGGAGCUGCCAGCCGUGCCCGGGGCAGCUCCCUGGGCCGGGAGAGAGCACAGCCCGAGCCCUUCUGCCCCAGCCAGCGGGACAUCCCUGCCCACGGGAUGUUCCUGCCCACAGGACAUUCCUGCCCACGGGACAUUCCUGCCCACGGGACAUCCCUGCCCACGGGAAUUCCUGCCCACAGGACACUCCUGCCUACGGGAAUUCCUGCCCACAGGACAUCCCUGCCCACAGGACACUCCUGCCCACAGGAAUUGCUGCCCACGGGAAUUCCUGCCCACAGGACAUCUCUGCCCACAGGACACUCCUGCCCACAGGAAUUGCUGCCCACGGGAAUUCCUGCCCACGGGACAUCCCUGCCCACGGGAAUUGCUGCCCACGGGAAUUCCUGCCCACGGCACCGGGCAGCCCUGCCCGGAUGGAGGAUGGAUGGAGCGUUAAGGCAGUGGGAGAACCCUGGAUUGAUCAGCUUGCAUAAGCAAUUAUGUACAAGGAAUUCAUCCUGUCAGCCUCCAGCUGUGUCACGACAGAGUUUGGCACGAAUCAGCGCGGUUGGAAGCUGGAAAGGCCUCGGUUUGGAGGAGGAACUUCCAAACCUUCCAGCUGGGAGCACAGGUAGGCACUGCACGCGGCUGUGGGAGCCUCUCACCUCCAUCAGUCCUUCCUCUUCAAGCCUGAAGCAGCUGAAGCUCCUUUUUUAAAGUCAUCAAAGCAAAAAUCCCCGGGCUGAGCAGAGAUCAUUGGCAUGGAUGGCUUUGGCCAGGACAGCGCUGCCAGGGAGGGGGCAGAGGAAACUGCAGGUGCUGAAGCAGUUCUUGCUGCAGCUGCAGCCCCUGGGAGGCUGUGGGAGCUGCCUGGAGGGGCUGGAGUGCCAGGGAAUGAUCCUGGAACGAUCCAGGCAAGCCACAAACCUGCUGUGUUUGCCUGAACCUGUGAGCGUGGCUCACUCCCAGCGUGAGCUGCUCUCCCAGAGCUCCCUCCUGGCUGGGAAUUCCUGCCAGCGCGUUUCCCUGCCUGUCCCAGUGCUGGAGGAGCAGCCAGCUGUGCUCCAGAGGCCGUGGAUCCCUCAGGAAUGCUCACUGGCCCUGGGAUGCUCCGUGCAGCCAGCAGCUCCCAUCCCAGCGCUGUCACCUGUCCUGUUUUUCUGGGAACCUUCCAUCAUUCCAGCUUCUGCAGCAGUGCCUGGGAUGGUUUGUGGGGAUGCCUCUGGACACAAACAUCCCUCUCCUUUAGGGCUGCUGGCUGGAAUUCCCCUUUUCCCGGGGCAGCUGUGGCCUCCAAAGGAAAGGCACAACGGGAACAUCUGCAGAGGAGGAGGCAGGGAAGGCAAACUCCACAGACUGUGCCUGGAGCAGCUCUGCAUUCCUGGCCCAGCAUCCAGCAUUCCCAG